AUGGUCGGGCCAGCUGCCCACGCCGUGCCUUCCAAGUACGCCUUUCCAGGUUUCCGAGUCUCUGCCCACUCUGGCGUUGAAGUCGCCAAGGAUGACAAUCUUGUCGUCAGCUGGGAUAUCCUGCAGAAGGCUGCACACGUCACAGUCGCCCUAUUCGUCACGUCGUACGCCCUCACCCUCCUCUGCAACUCGCUCCUCUGCCUGGCCAUCCUGCUCGAGCGGACCCUCCACAAGCCCAUGUUCCUCUUCAUGGCCUUCCUCUGCGCCACCGACGUCCUGGAGGUGACCAGCAAAGACCCGCGCAUCGUCCUCGACCUCGUGACGAACCCUUCCUACUUCCCGAUGCCCUCCUGCAUCGCGCAGAUGUUCUUCACGCACGUGUUCGCCAGCAUCCAGUGCUUCCACAUGGCCGUCAUGUCGGUGGACCGCUACCUGGCCAUCUGCCACCCACUGCGCUAUGCCACGCUCAUGCCCAACGGCAGGGCGGCGGCACUCUGCCUGAUCGAGUCGGCGUUGGCCACCGCCUCCUCGCUGGGCAUGGUGCUGCUCGUCUCCUCGCUCGAGUUCUGCGGGCCCCUCGUGAUGGCCAAUUCGCCCUACUGCGACUUCCUGGUCGUCAGCAACUGGGCGUGCGGCGGCACCGCGUUGCCCAAUGUCGCCUACGGCUUCUUGACGGCCGCCAUCACCCUCGUGCUGCCCGUGUGUGUGAUCGCCGUCACCUACGGCCUCAUCGUGGCCGAGUGCCGCAAGGGGGAUGGCCGCGGGCGGAGCCGACGCAAGGCCGCGUACACGUGCGCGACCCACUUCAUCAUCUUCACCGUCUUCUUCGUGUUCAUCCUGUGCACGUUCGGCAGCAGCAUGGCGGCAGGCAGCUCGAUGCCGAGGGAGCUCCUCUUCUUCGUGCGGACGCUGCACUUCGUGGUGCCCCCCGUGAUGAAUCCCAUCGUGUAUGGCCUGCGUACCGCCGAGGUCAGGGUCUGCCUCCUGAGGUGGUUCCGCAGGAACCGCGUGCGCUCGCGGUGA